UGCAAGGAAAAAAAAAAACCCUUGUCUCCUAGCAUCACUGCCAUUGGACUCGACUCUGUAGUUACUAACAGUGCCAAGAAGGCUUUAAGCCCUGUCUGCUCUGACGAGAAUUGACUAAAUGGUCUUGAGACGCCAUAGGACGACAGAGACGGUCAGAGAAAAGAAUUUGAGAAAAUGUCUUCUCUCUUCUUCUCGCUCCUCUUAUUCUUAACAAUUAGUUGAAACUAUUUCCUGGUCUCUAUGUGACGAAGAGCAUUCAUUCAUCACGCCUCAAAUCGUUGCAUUGUGGGCUGUCAUUCGUUCCGAUCUAUCCCCAUAAUUAUUACGAUGGGAUUCGCACCGCUCACAACGACGAUCACGCCAACCGCUCUAGCACCGCAGGCGACUUCUCUUAACCAUGACGGCACACCACCUGUAGCCGCGCUGACUACGAUAUGGACGCCUUCCGAUGGCUGCUUUCCGGUUUCUACCCGUCCUACGACGGACAUCGAUAUAUUUUGGACUUCUAAUCCCGAAUGCGCCCCUCCUGGCUACGCUAGCUACUUCGAAACGUACUACUAUUCUCCCGCCAUGUGUCCUAGUGGGUUUACUGUUGGCUGUUCGCGAUACGGCAACUUUCAAGGCCCAUCCGUCGAACCCACUGAAACAGCAGUUCUUUGCGUUAUGAGUGAUUAUUCAUGUACUCCCGAUGGAUGGAACUACUACGCAACUAACGCCGACUUAUCGUAUGCGCAAGUAAUGAUACAGAUACGUUGGGCGUCGAGUGACCUUUCUAUCUUAGAAACGCAUCCCUUGACGCCUGGCUUAACUUUGGCGGUAGGAACUUUGGGUGGCGAGACCGACGUAUCAGGGACCCAGUCAUCAUCUAGCACAACAGUGACAGGGCUAUCUGCAAAUCCGGAUAGCUACGGUGUCGGUUUAUCUGUUGGUGCUCAAGUUGGGAUUGGUGUCGGCGUGGGCCUGUUUGGUCUCUUAGGUCUUGGAUUGGCGAUCUUCUUUAUACUCAGGUACCGAAAGAAGCGUACGAACGGACAGACCGACAGUCAGUCUCCGCCCAUGCAGCAGCCGCCUCCAGGCCAGUAUCCAUUUCAUCAGUACCCUUAUGUGCCUGGAUCGGGACCUGCUGGACAACCGAUCCAAGGAUAUCCCAAGACUACCUAUCUCGGAUAUCCAACCUAUGUCGACCCUAAAACUGGCGCCGCAACUUAUUAUUCCGUGGUUCCCCAACCUGCUCAGUUAGGGGUCACUGCUAUCAACGGACCAAACACACCCAACAGCCAGGAAUUACCACCCGUCCCAGGGUCACAGUCAGCUCAACUUCGAAAUUCUACGUUUUCUAACGGCCAGCCAAUGCCGGUGCACUCAGGUCCCAAUGGCAAUUAUCCUAUCAGUCACUACGAAGCUACCGGUGAGCUAGCAGUAGCUGAGAUGUCUGGGAAUGAGGGACUUGCCCAAUCUAUAGGAAGUACCGACAAGCCGCAAGCGCGACAGGAAAUGGCACAUCUGAUAGCUGAAAAGGCGAAAUUAGAUGCCAGAAGAACUCGACUAAUGGAAUUGGAGGACCUAAAUGAAGAGGAAAAACGGAUACGAACAAGAAUGCAACAGCUUGGACAAGCACAACGAUGAACCUCCCCAGCCUCUAGACACGAUUGGGAUGGAUAUAGGGAGUCAUCUCGUAUUAUAAGAAUUAUUCAAGAGUUAGAAAAACUGAUGAGGGGCAUGAUACCAGGUUAGAUGUCUCCAUCUUUCCAAUCAUCUACCUAUUCAUACUACUCAAACGAACAUUAAUAGGGGGUACAUGUGAUGUCCUAGUGCAGUUUGUCUACCAUUGGAAUGUUUGGCAAAUUAAGCAAAAUCCGGAAUGCCCGCGGUUCAUAUUGCCCCAAUAGAAGGUUUAAAAAAUAAUAUUCAUAAAUAAAAAAAGGAUGCGAACGUUGAGUGGGAGAUGACAAAAAUAAAUUGAAUAUGUAGCCGCAGUGCUGCCCAAUCUUUAUUAUUUAUGGAAGAACAUAGAAGAAAUCAUGGACUUUUUUCAGUUCAAGUGUUUAUAUUCCCGUUAAU